AUGAAUCCAGAAGAGCAGAAAUUGGCUUCCCUGGCAUUUUCUGAUUUUAUUAAUAAGAAGUAUUCACUAUGUCUUCAGCACCUUACCUUAUUAGUUUCAAUUAAACCAAACAAUUUAAAGAUACUACACAAUCGAAUAGUUGCUGAACUUUACGUCAAUAAAAAUCUAGACCUAUUUCAAAAGUCACUUACUAACUUAUGUAACCAGGGGCGGAUAGAUUUAUUUGAAAAUGAAACCCCAGAUGAUGUUGACCAUUGCAUUAUUUACUAUAAUCAAGCUGUAAUCUAUUACAACCAAAAACAAUAUGAAAAGGCUCUGAAUUUACUAAACAAAAUUUUUUCUCUAAUCCAGCCUAUGGAAGAAUGGCUGGCUCAAAAAGUUUGUUACCUGCUGAUCGAGCUGUGUUUGCUUUGCAAACAAGCUGAUAAAGGCAUCUCAAAUAUUUCAUAUAUUGAAAACCAAUUCUUGCCAUAUAAGCUUAUGGAUGAAACUAGUAACACACCAGACAGUAUUCUAGUUAAGAGGAAUAGUCCAUCCUUCAAACUGAACUUGCUACAUUAUAAAGCUCGCUGUUUACUACAUACUCGGUCAUAUGCGAAUUGUCGUAAAAUUCUUGACUAUAUUUUUAGUUUAGGUAGUCAGACUUUCUCCACUAUCAUGAUGAAAGCGCAGUUAUCCCUGUUAAAUAUGCAAUAUGAAGAUGCAUUGAAUGAAAUAAUUUUAAUCCAGGAAGAUGUAGAUAAUUUUGUGAAACUUGGUGAUGAAAAGAUCCUAAUUUAUUUCAACAAUAUCGCUACUAUUUAUUAUUACAUGAGAAAACCACAUUUAAGUUCUUUCUUCUUUAAUAAGGCAUAUGGAGUUUACUCUUUUCCAAAGUUCAAGAAAAUGCCUAAGGAAGUUAAUUUUGGCAAGCCAGUUGUCUUUCAACCAGCAACAUUUUUGCAAGUAAUGUAUAACAAGGGUACAGCACUGUUAUUCACAAUGAAACCUAUUGAAGCUUUUGAUUGUUUUACUGAAGCAGUGCAAGGCAUGCAUAAAGCCCCACUGAUAUGGCUUCGGCUAGCUGAAUGCUGUAUAAUGGCCUAUAAAAAGGAUAAUGAAGGUUUAUUUAACUUUAUUCAAAAUAGGAAGCUGUUAGUUAAUGAAUCAGUUGGAAGUGGUUUACAAAAGAAGAUUGUAUUAAAUAGUAAAUUAUAUAAGGAUUCAGCUUUUAGCUCUGAUCCUCAGUCAUUUGCUGUACCUGUACCCACUUUAGAAUUUGCUACGAUAUGUCUUAGAAAUUCAUAUGUUCUUCUCCCUCCUGGAAGUAACAGCAAGUUAAAGCAAGCUGUAUUAGCUGCCUGUUCUUAUGUCCAUUUGACAAUUGGUGACCCUCUAAAAGCUCAUAAAUAUGCUGCUAUGCUAUAUGCGGAUGCAACUUGUCAUGUCUAUAAGUAUUUGGGCAAACUGUAUUUAGCCGAAUCUCUUGUGCUUCUUAAUAAAUUUCAAGAAGCUAUUGAUGUUUUGAAUCCAUCCCAGUUUAAUGAAUGUGAUCCUUCACAAGAAGUACAGAAGCAUGAUUGGUUCCCGAAAUCUCAGCUUAGUUCUCAAGCUGUACUUUAUUAUAAUCUUGCAGCUGUCCUCACCAUGAAUGGGGAAAUCGAAAAAGCAUCUGAUCUACUUAAACAUAUCUGGGUUCUGAAAGGCUCUAGAAAUGAGGUUCCAGUACACAUAAUUGCUUUGGCAUUAUAUAUAGAACUAAUCUUAGGAGAUUAUGAAAUAGCAAGAACAAUCAUUAGACAAAAUUGCCCACAAGUUUGUCUUUUAAAUAAGUGA